UAAUCCCCCAGGCAUCUCUUUUUUUUUUGUCCAGACGACAAGAGGAAGAUGCAAUUAUGAAAGUUCCUGGAUUGAUACUGUGUUUUGGCUCUGGAUUUUAGCAAAGCAUUUUAGAGAUCCUGUAUACAUACAUACAUACGAAUGAUGAAAGUUCAUGUUCGCAAGACUUUCUUCUUGUGUACACUGAUUCAGAAUCCAACAAGGAAAAUCUCUUGGUUGCGUCUUUGCACAGGCAUGUACUCAUCUUGGGUUCGACUUUGCACAUCAUUCAGACUUGAAAAGUACAUUAACCGUCUUUAUCUCAGCUGGACAAGUGGCGACAUCAUCCACCUACGAACAGGCCAUAGUAAUCCAGAGAACUGGCGAGUCUCAAUGUUUAAAUACGAGAAUAUCGUACUCAUCUGGAACUUCCCACGAAAACUCAAGGCUAGACAGACCAAAGAUUGCAUCUGCAAAGCCUUUGCAGCUCACACAUCUCAAAGGUCCUAUUCUCUGACCAAGCUGAAACGGUUGGUGUCAAACCAAGAACAAGAGACCUGAGACGGCUGAGAGAAGAGAGAACAUGGUCGCUGUGACUCACAAAGCAUCGGAUUUGAUCGAUGCGGUUUAGGCAAAUAGAGUUUAAAGACGAGUCUUUGGUUAAACCACACUAGGAUUAAUUAGCCAUACUCCCUUUUUUUUUAUCAAAGAGAGUCUUUGUCUUUUUUGUUUUUUUAAGAAACAUGAAACUCAUAUAGUGUUAUGAUCAGGUAUAAUUUUUUGUUUUAAGUACAUGAAAUAAUGAAAAGCGCAAUAGUGUGAUAAAUCAAA